AGUGCAGAUCAUAUGGAUUCCAUGAAAGAAGUUGAUCCGUCAGUAUUGUCAGCUAAUGGCUUUAUUCAAUCUCACUUCACGAAUUUAAAUACUUCCGAAGCGUUAGCAAAUUGCUUUCUCCAAUCUUACUUCCUGAACCUAGGAGUCUAUCCCGACGUAGUUCACAUGAUGUGGUAUGCCGACGACAGUGUUAUGAGUAGACCUGGUCCCGAUGGUACAAUGAUGUCUUUCACAUCGCCUGAGGCAAUUCAGGAGCAAAUAGUUUCUUGCGACUAUGAAGGUGCUUCGUUUGAUGUGAUGAGUUUCGCCGCUCAGAGUUGCAACCCUAGUUCUGAAGAUGGUGCAUUUAUCAUGGUUACUGGUUUCUUGACUUGUAAAGAUAAAAAAUUGAGGAGGCGAUUUGUUCAAUCUUUGUACUUAGCACGUCGUCAAGAUAGGUCUUAUGCUAUCGUCAAUGAUAUCCUCCGCUAUAUCGAUUCAGUACCAGAGAUACCUUCCGUUCCUGAAUCAGCUGGAUUUGUCAAAGUUUACUACGAGUUGCCUAUGCGUGAAGAAGUUGGUUUGAUGUAUGUCAAUGAAAGUGUUACGAGCAGACCGACUUCGACGUCUGGUAGAACAAUGGUCGAUAUGCCAGGCCUUGAUGCCAUCAACAAGAGGGUCGCUAAUGAGCAUAAGAGAGCUUCUAACUUUGUACUGAAUAGUGUGGAUUAUCAGAUUUGCAGAUCCUUCAAAGAUAGAAUGUUUAUCAUGGUUUGCGGUUCCGUGACUCUAGACGACAAAACAGAGAGGAAGUUUUUGCAAUUUUUCUAUGUGGCGGGUUGUCAAAAAGGGUCUUAUGUUAUCUUCAAUGACAUUCUCCAUUAUGUUGAUGUUACUCCUCAAGACACACUUGAAAGCUCGAGCCACUCUGCUUCAAAAACCAGUACUGAUGUGGAGCUUCCCUACUUUAUGGUAAAGAAUGGCAAGUUACUCUCUUAUUUUAAUAACAUAGACACACAAAACUUAUAACACCUACGCUGAUGGUUUAUUGCUAGUGUUGUUGUGUCA